CAGUGGCUGAAUGUCAGCAGGAACGCUCUCAGAUCAAGAACAAAGAGACAGCCAUGACGUUACUGCGAGCCAAACUCUACAGCGCCCGGCUGGAGGAGGAGACCAGUAAGAGAUACCUGGCUCGAAAACUACAGAUUGGCACCAAAGGCAGAUCAGAGAAAAUCAGGACUUAUAACUUCUCUCAGGACCGGAUCACCGAUCACAGGAUUGGGAAAACCAUUCACGACGUGCAUGGCUUUUUACAAGGAGAGGAACUGCUCGAGGAGAUGAUUGUGUUUCUGCAACAGUUUUCUGAACAGGAAUCUCUUAUGGACGUUCUCCAAGACAGUGAUCAGAAUCAGUAGUUAUUUGCGGCAAUAAAGAAAUGUGUGAA